CAUAGUGACUGGUUGGGGCUAGACAUGGACUGGCUUUGUUCUUUUGCUAGGUGCAUGCUCUGCUUUACAGAAAUUCCUCUUUUACAGUUAGGGGAAAGUGAGUGCUCUCUGUGCUCUGAAAUCCUAGUGUAAGUAGAGACCAGCUAUUUUUCUAUUGUUGUAACAAGCCAGCACAGUGCCUCCAUUUCCUGAUGAAAGUUGAUUGAGCUACAAUUUCUAGCUAGGAUUUCAAGGGAAGGUAAAAAUGCACUUUGUAUCCUUUAGUCUUUAUAUAUGCAUUAAUUAAUAGAACUGAAAUCUUGCUAGAAGUCCCUACGUACCUGAGGCCUUCUAAAGAUUAAGUAUGAAUUCUCUUAUCUGCGACCACAGAAAUCUAGGGUAACUCCAUUGAAGUUGGUGGACAUGAUGAGACAGAAGUAUUAAUGACAUAAUGCUGAUGGUAUGAGUGUUCUUCAUUCCUGAGCUGAUCCUGUUUGUUUAAAAACUGCAUUCAACUACAGCAUUACAAGUCUCCAAUAAUGGAUAGAGAAACUUUCUCUACCCAUCCAAAGCUGCAUUUGCAAAGGCAACUCUGUUUUUUUCCUGGCAAAUCUUUCUUUGUCACAAGCCAGAUGGCACAAGCUAUGGAGAACAAAGGAAUCGCAGAGCCAGCAACACAAUAUUUUCUACUAUUAGUAAGCAGUUCGAUGCAACAGCACUUCAGAAUGAGCUGAAGCUGGACCUUUGUUCUGCUGUAGGGUGCCAUGUGAAUGAUUCAUCCUAACAUAUACGAGAGGCAACUGCAAAGAAAAGCUGGGAGAAUGUUGAUAAUGUAAUGCCAAAAAGGAAUCAAACAAUGUGAUUCGUAAAAUGAGAUGGCAUGACUUCAGAAGAAAAAGGGCAACUGUUGACUAAGAAGGUAAUAUAAGUAUGCAUUAAGAAAUUCCAAAGAUAAAUUUUUUUUUGACUGUUUGUAAGCAUUGGGAAUGAUGCUGAUCUUGGCUUAUUUUCGUUUUGCAUCAAUCCAGUCCUUGGGAGGAAACUGUCCAUUAAUGCAAGCAUUGUGACUUUAACAUGGCCUGAUGCCAAGUUGGAAAUGUGAUGCAGGAGACUAGACCUUUUGAAGCCUAUUAGGAAGUGUCUCAUUUUUUAUCAUGUCCAUGAAUGAAAAAUUAGAACAGUAAUGUACUAUAUGGUAAUACUAUUAUUUGGCAGCAGGCUUGGACAAAGGGCAAGUCUGUUCUGUACUUUAAGAUGAUCUACUGUAAGUAGGAAAGAGAUAAGACUGACUGAAAAGGUCAACAUUUCUUUGCUAGGUUGUGGAGAAAAUAGACGUGUCUAGUUAUAAACCAUAGCAGCUUCCAUUUGGUUUUUACUCAUUUUUAUCAAGAUAGGUACUAGACAUUUCUUCCCCACAGGAUCACAUAAUUGCAGGGAUUGGAGAUGACCUCUGGAGAUCAUUUAGUCCAAGCCUCCUGCUAAAGCAGGUUCCCUACAGUAAGUUACAAAAGAGUCCAAUAUGUUUAUAAUGUGAACAUUUGUAUCCAUGCUUUACUUCUGUAACGGUAGACCUAAAGCAAGUUGUGCACUGCAAUAUGCAUAGGAUUGAUGUGAUUAUAAACUGUUUGAUCACUGUGUUUUCCCAGGGGUACUCUGCACUGGUGCAGCCUCUCACUGAGUACCAUGCCAGUUGCAGAGGAAGUGACAAAACAAACAGCAGCUGGCCCCUUCAUUUAUUAGCAGUGCUGGGAAGCGAGGUGGGGGAAGCAAGGGAGGACCAGAAGCCAUUGAAUUUCUUCUCUCAGAUCUUCUUGCACAAGAGCCUAAAAGUAUUUAAAGUUUACAGAAUGAAAAGAUGGCACAGGCAAUGCUGGUACCACCAGGAUCUGACUGCUUCUUCUAUUUCACCAAAGAGUCUCUUGCAGCUAUUGAAAAACGUAUUGCUGAUGAAAAGUCUAAUCGUGAUAAAGAUGAGCACAAAGAUGAUGGUGGUCAUGAAGAAGUUCAGCUCACGCCAAAUAAUGACUUGGAGGCAGGAAAGACGCUGCCAUUUAUUUAUGGUGAUAUUCCUCCAGAAAUGGUAUCUGAGCCCCUGGAGGACUUGGAUCCAUAUUAUAUCAAUAAAAAACAUGCUCAUUAUGCUCACGAUUUUGACAAACUGUGUAUUCAUGACAUGGAGAAAACUUCCAGAAUGGACAAAGAAUGUAGAGUACACUUUCACUGGAAUUUAUACUUUUGAAUUUCUGGUAAAAAUCCUUGCGAGAGGUUUCUGUAUAGAUGAUUUUACUUGCCUUCGUGACCCUUGGAACUGGCUUGAUUUUGUUGUCAUUUCCUUUGCGUAUAUAACAGAGUUUGUAAACCUAGGCAAUGUUUCAGCUCUUCGAACUUUCAGAGUAUUGAGAGCUUUGAAAACUAUUUCUGUAAUCCCAGGCUUGAAGACUAUUGUGGGAGCCUUAAUUCAGUCUGUGAAGAAGCUCUCAGACGUAAUGAUUUUGACUGUUUUUUGCCUGAGUGUGUUUGCACUAAUUGGUCUGCAGCUGUUCAUGGGCAACUUGAAGAAUAAAUGUUUGUUAUGGCCAUCAAGAAAUUCAACCUCUUUUGAAAAAUACUUAACUCCAUACUUUAAUGAUACAGUGUUUGACUGGGCAGCGUACAUUGAGGAUGAAAGUCAUUUUUAUCGUCUAGAAGGACAAAAGGAUUAUCUGCUUUGUGGCAAUAGCUCAGAUGCAGGUAAAUGUCCAGAAGAGUUUAUCUGUGUGAAAGCAGGUAAAAACCCCAACUAUGGUUAUACUAGCUUUGACACAUUCAGUUGGGCUUUCUUGUCCCUGUUUCGACUUAUGACACAGGACUACUGGGAAAAUCUUUAUCAGCUGACGUUACGAGCUGUUGGCAAAACAUACAUGAUAUUUUUCGUUCUGGUUAUUUUUCUGGGUUCCUUUUAUUUGAUUAACUUGAUUUUGGCUGUGGUUGCCAUGGCCUAUGAAGAACAAAAUCAAGCAACUAUGGUUGAAGCAGAACAAAGGGAGGCAGACUUGCAGCAGAUGCUUGAACAGCUGAAGAGGCAGCAAGAGGAAGCUGAGGCAAUAGUGGCAGCUGCAGCAGAGAUGACAGAGUUUGGUGGUGAAAGUGGACCUUCAGACAGUUCUUCUGAAGCAUCCAAGCUUAGCUCAAAAAGUGCCAAAGAAAGGAGAAAUAGACGGAAGAAAAGAAGGCAGAGGGAGCAUUCUGGAGAAGAGGAUAACAUGAAAGAUACAAAGCUUUCAAAAUCUGAGUCAGAUGGCAGUAUGAGAAGGAAAGGUUUCAGAUUUUCUUUCGAUGGCAAUAAACUUGCUUAUGGGACCCGGCUCACAUCACCCCACCAGUCUUUACUAAGCAUUCGUGGCUCCCUGUUUUCCCCCAGACGUAGUAGCAGAACAAGUCUUUUCAGUUUUAGAGAUCAUGGAAAAGAGAUAGGAUCUGAAAAUGACUUUGCUGAUGAUGAACACAGCACAUUUGACGAUAACGGAAGCAGAAGAGGUUCUCUUUUUGUACCACUGAGACACAGUGAACGACGUGGUAGUAAUAUUAGUCAAGCCAGCAGAUCGUCAAGAAAGCUGACAAUGUUUCCAGUGAAUGGGAAGAUGCAUAGCACUGUGGAUUGCAAUGGUGUGGUUUCUUUAGUGGAUAGACCUCCAUGUCUCCUGUCGCCUACAGGGCAGCUUCUGCCAGAGGUAACAAUAGACAAACCAACAACUGAUGACAAUAGUACUACUACAGAAAUGGAAAUAAAAAAGAGACGUUCAAGCUCAUAUCAAAUACCGAUGGAUUUGCUGGAGGAUCCCAAUCUAAGACAAAGAGCCAUGAGUAUAGCUGGCAUCAUCACAAGUACAAUGGAAGAACUCGAAGAAUCCAGACAAAAAUGUCCACCCUGCUGGUAUAAGUUUGCCCACACAUACUUAAUUUGGAAUUGUUGUGAGUUUUGGUUAAAAGUGAAGAGUGUAGUUUCAUUUAUUGUAAUGGACCCAAUUGUUGAUCUGGCAAUCACUAUUUGCAUAAUUUUAAACACACUGUUUAUGGCCUUGGAGCAUUAUCCAAUGACGGAGACUUUUAACAAUACACUUAAAGUAGGAAAUCAGGUUUUUACUGGAAUUUUUGCAGCAGAAAUGGUUCUCAAGAUAAUUGCCAUGGAUCCUUUUUAUUAUUUCCAAGUUGGCUGGAAUAUUUUUGAUAGCUUUAUAGUUACCCUCAGUUUGGUGGAGCUUUUUCUGGCAAAUGUGGAUGGAUUAUCUGUUCUACGAUCGUUCAGAUUGCUUCGAGUUUUCAAGUUGGCAAAAUCUUGGCCAACUCUAAAUAUGCUGAUUAAGAUUAUUGGCAACUCAGUGGGGGCUUUGGGUAAUUUGACCCUGGUAUUGGCCAUCGUUGUGUUCAUUUUUGCUGUGGUUGGGAUGCAGCUGUUUGGGAAAUACUACAAGGAAUGUGUCUGCAAGAUCUCUAGCGACUGCGAACUUCCACGCUGGCACAUGCACGACUUUUUCCACUCUUUCUUGAUUGUAUUCCGAGUGCUGUGUGGAGAAUGGAUAGAAACGAUGUGGGACUGCAUGGAGGUUGCAGGGCAGCCUAUGUGCCUUACUGUCUUCAUGAUGGUCAUGGUGAUUGGAAACCUAGUGGUAUUGAACCUUUUUCUGGCCUUGCUGCUGAGUUCAUUUAGUUCAGACAGCCUUUCUCCUACCGAGGAUGAUAAUGAAAUGAAUAAUUUACAGAUAGCUGUUGCAAGAAUUCAGAAGGGAAUAGAUUUUGUGAAGGAAAAAGUAGGUGAAUAUAUUCAAAAAUCUUGCUGGAAGAAACAAGUGGCUGCAAAUGAAAGAACAGCAACAGAUCAGUUGAAUGAUGAAAGACACCAUUGCAUUUCCAACUGUACCGUUGCUGAAAUAAAGAUAGAUACAACUUACCACAAAAAUGAGAAUGGAACAGCUGGUGUUGUAGAGAACAGUGACUAUCCAUUGUUCAUAAACAACCCAAGCCUUACUGUUACAGUACCGAUAGCUGUUGGAGAAUCUGACUUUGAACAUAUAAAUACAGAAGAGUUUAGUAGCGACUCAGAUUUGGAGGAAAGCAAGGAGAAGAUAAAUCUUUCCAGCUCAUCUGAAGGAAGUACAGUUAAUUUGGCUCUCUUUGAAGAAAAAGCUGAGACUGAACCAGAAAAAGCAGCAGAGCUGCAGACAUGUUUUACAGAAGGUUGUAUACAGAAGUUUAAAUGCUGUAGAUGCAAUAUGGAAAGCAGAAGAGGAAUAAUCUGGUGGAAUCUUAGAAAAACUUGCUACAGGAUAGUAGAACACAACUGGUUUGAAACAUUCAUUGUCUUCAUGAUUCUUCUCAGCAGUGGUACUCUGGCUUUUGAAGAUAUAUAUAUUGAACAGCGCAAGACUAUCAAGGUCAUACUGGACUAUGCUGAUAAAAUCUUCACUUAUAUCUUUAUUCUGGAAAUGGUGCUAAAAUGGGUGGCUUAUGGUUUUCAAACUUACUUCACUAAUGCCUGGUGCUGGCUGGACUUCCUGAUUGUUGAUGUCUCCUUAGUUAGCUUAGUAGCUAAUGCUCUCGGUUUCUCAGAACUUGGUGCAAUUAAAUCUCUCCGAACAUUAAGGGCUUUGAGACCUCUAAGAGCUUUGUCACGCUUCGAAGGAAUGAGGGUGGUUGUGAAUGCUCUUACUGGAGCAAUCCCAUCCAUAAUGAAUGUGCUUCUGGUUUGUCUAACAUUCUGGCUAAUUUUCAGCAUCAUGGGAGUAAAUCUGUUUGCUGGCAAGUUCUUUUACUGUGUUAACACCACAACUGGACUUCAAUUCAAACCAGAUGAAGUUGAUAACAAAACUAUGUGUGAAAAUCGUAGGAGCACUGCAUCAGAUGUUCAAUGGAAAAAUGUGAAAGUAAACUUCGAUAAUGUUGGAGCUGGUUAUCUUUCUUUGCUUCAAGUAGCAACGUUUAAAGGAUGGAUGGAAAUCAUGUAUGCUGCUGUUGACUCUAGGGAUGUAGGGAAACAGCCCAUGUACGAGGAUAACCUAUACAUGUAUCUUUACUUUGUUGCCUUUAUCGUCUUUGGAUCCUUCUUCACCCUAAACUUGUUCAUUGGUGUCAUCAUAGAUAACUUUAACCAACAAAAAAAGAAGCUAGGAGGUCAGGACAUUUUUAUGACAGAAGAACAAAAGAAAUACUACAAUGCAAUGAAGAAAUUAGGUUCCAAGAAACCACAAAAACCUAUACCUAGGCCAGCGAACAAAUUGCAAGGUUUGGUGUUUGAUAUUGUAACAAAACAAGCAUUUGACAUCGGCAUUAUGGUCCUCAUCUGUCUUAACAUGGUCACCAUGAUGAUAGAAACAGAUGACCAGAGUGAACUUAUGCAAAAUAUUUUAUACUGGAUUAACUUUGUUUUUGUUGUCCUUUUCACUGGAGAAUGUGUCUUAAAACUGUUCUCGCUCCGUUACUAUUACUUCACUGUUGGCUGGAAUAUCUUUGAUUUUGUGGUUGUUAUCCUUUCAAUAGUAGGUAUGUUUUUAGCUAAGGUGAUUGAAAAGUAUUUUGUGUCCCCUACUUUGUUCCGAGUCAUCCGACUUGCCAGAAUAGGUCGCAUCCUGCGUCUCAUUAAAGGCGCAAAGGGAAUCCGCACUCUGCUUUUUGCUCUGAUGAUGUCUCUUCCUGCUUUGUUCAACAUUGGCCUGCUGCUCUUCUUGGUCAUGUUUAUCUAUGCCAUAUUUGGCAUGUCCAACUUUGCCUACGUUAAGAGGGAAGCUGGAAUUGAUGACAUGUUCAACUUUGAAACAUUUGGCAACAGCAUGAUCUGCCUAUUUCAAAUUACCACAUCUGCUGGCUGGGAUGGCUUGUUAGCCCCAAUUCUUAACAGCGGGGAGCCGGACUGUGAUCCUAACAAAGCUCACCCGGGGAGCUCUGUUAAAGGCGACUGUGGCAACCCUUCGGUUGGGAUUUUCUUCUUUGUCAGCUACAUCAUCAUAUCCUUUCUGGUGGUGGUGAACAUGUACAUUGCUGUCAUUCUGGAGAAUUUUGGUGUUGCAACUGAAGAAAGUGCUGAGCCCUUGGGUGAGGAUGACUUUGAGAUGUUCUAUGAGGUUUGGGAAAAAUACGAUCCAGAUGCAACACAAUUCAUAGAAUACAGCAAACUAUCAGAGUUUGCAGCUUCUCUGGAUCCUCCUCUUAAUAUACCAAAACCAAACAAGAUCCAGCUGAUUGCAAUGGAUCUGCCCAUGGUAAGUGGUGACAGAAUUCACUGCCUCGACAUCCUGUUUGCUUUCACAAAGCGUGUGUUAGGGGACAGUGAUGAGAUGGAUGCCCUCAGAGUACAGAUGGAAGACCGAUUUAUGGCAGCCAAUCCUUCCAAAGUCUCCUAUGAACCAAUCACAACCACAUUAAAACGGAAACAGGAAGAAGUGUCUGCUACCAUUAUUCAGCGUGCCUAUAGAUGUUAUCUUUUAAGACGAUCAAUAAAGAAACUCUCAUAUAUGUACCGCAAAGAUGGGGUUGAUAUACUUAGCAAAAAUCAUAUGCUUUUUGGUAAGCUAAGUGAAAAUUCAACUUCAGAAAAAACAGAUAUGACUGCAUCCACCACAUAUCCACCUUCCUAUGACAGUGUAACAAAACAAGAAAAGGAAAAAUAUGAAGAUGACAAAUCAGAAAAAGAAGACAAAGGGAAAGACAGAAAAGGAAAUAAAAAGUGGAAGAAGACAUAAAGAAGUGGGGAGUGGUGGCUGUUCAAAGCCUCAGAAGAUGAAAUUUUUUUAUCAAUAACACUUCUGUUGGAGGAUUAUGCCAAAAUGACAAGUUUUUACUUAUUUAUCGAGUGCUAUUGUCAGUGCCUGUACCAAGAUAAUGACAUGUGGUAGCAAACCCUGUAUGUAGCAGGGAAACAAGCAUUCCAGAAGAAUAGUUUUUAUUACCAGCUGGCACUAAUAGAAAGGAGGCAUAAACUUUUUACUUGGACUAUGUGGACUCUUAAUGGAGUGCAAAAUUAUCAGUUCUAGUAAGUUUGUGGAAUACGUGUAUCCACUGUAUGCAUUUCAUCUACUAUGUAUGUGUAUUUUUUCCUUUGGUGGUCUCAUUUGCUGUAAUUCACAUUCUAUUAUUUGUAAUUGUACUCUUUUGAGGAAGAAGAUAAAUGUUCAUACAGAGGAACACAAUGUUAUGAGUUAGGUAAUUACAGAGUCAGAAUGUGAACAUAGUCUUCUUCAAGCCACCGCUUCUAAAAGCAGAAAAAAGAGUGUCCAGACUCUUGGACCUUAGAAUCUACAUCAAAUCAACAGCAAAUGAUAAAGAAUAUAGUUUAGAAAAAUAAUUUAUCAGAAAACAGAACAGAAGAAUCACUUUCACUGAAAGGAGGUUAGUAAUUUGUUCUCUUGAUUUUACUAUACUUGUUUAAUAUUUCCUAUUAACUCUUCAUUUUUCACAUAGUCCUAUUCAGUGAAUGAUUUAAAUGCAUCAUGCUACAGAAAAUUUCUUAUUUGAUAAAUGCAGAACUAGUAAAAAAGAGUUAGUUUACUUUCAGGGUCCAAGGUUGCUCUUAGUUUAUGAGUGCUUAAAAUGCAAUUUUAUCGUAGAGUAGCUAUAAACACCAAAUUUUUGCUUACAGGGAAUCACUGGAAAAAAAAAAAAAAAAAAAAAGCGGUAGUUUAUUUUACUUAGUUAAGAAAAGAAUGUAGACCUUGCAACAACUUCCAUACUUCAUUCUAAUGUCAGUCUCUGCAAAUUUCAUUUCACAUAUAUAAAUCCUAUUUAAUACAGAAAUCAAAGUUACAUGUAUAAAAUGAUAACAAAAUACCUAUUGGAACAAACAUUGCCUUAGUUUGUACAUUAGGCUGAAAUUAGCAUACUUUGAGAAGCUGAUCAUGUUGAAGAUAUAAACUAAGUACAUUGAAGGUAACUUUGAGCCCCAUAGGACUUUAGCCAGGUUUCCACUUAAUGAAAUGCAGUCUUCCAUAGAAGGCUGAUAUGACCAAAUGAUGUACUUGAAUCAGCUUUAUUCUGCACUGUGGUUUAGAUGAAUUUUUCACAUCAAAGCUUAUAGAACCUACAUAGGUAAAAUUGUUCUGUUACUUAGUCAGUUGUUUUACACAGUGGUACCUGUUUGAACAAAGAGACAAUGACCUAAAUACUAUAUUUAUUGCAUUAAAUAUGUACCCUCAUAAAUGUGGCUUUUAAUAUUUCAGUAAAUUAUAUGAUAUAUUCUGUAAUACUCUAAAUAAUUGGGAAGCUUUAACUGAUGCAUGCUUGCUGCUAUUAUUCUACAGCUAUUAAAGUCUAAGAUGGAAAGACAUGUGAGUGUUAGAAAGGAAAAAAAAACUAUUCAGCAAGACCAUCAUUCCUCACAACAGUAAGCAAUAGUUUGCUGCUAUUAUAGAUUUUAUUUUCAGUUUAUUAAUGUUAUGCUGUGAAUAAACAGACAAUAGAAGAUUAAUACACUGCUUAACUUGCUUAAAAUGUGAGGCUAUAAAUAUAUAUAUAUAUUGAUCUCUUCAUGUUAUUUUGCAAAUAAAUUUAUUUUAUAAUAUUUUAUACA